AUGGGGGAUGAAGGGAAGCUCCAAAAGCAUUAUGCGACUUUCGAUGUAUUUUUAAGGAAAGGAAAAGCAAAAUUCGACGCAAAAAUUAAUGGCGACUUCCCCACGACCGCGAAAAUGGAAGAUUUUAAACAAAUGCAAACUCUUGGUACUGGAACUUUUGGAAAAGUCGUACUCUGCCAGCAUAAAGCCAACGAGAAAUUUUAUGCGAUGAAAAUAAUGGAGAAAGCUAACAUAAUACGUACCAGACAAUUAGUACAUACAAUAGCAGAAAUAAGGUGCAUGGACUCGUUUAGUUUUCCGUUUUUAGUAAACAUGGAAUUUUUCUUUAAGAAUAACGUGUACAUAUUCAUAGUAAUGCCUUUUGUCAAUGGGGGCGAGAUGUUUUAUCACUUAAGAGCAGCGAAAAAAUUCGACGAAACCUUGUGUAAGUUCUAUGCUGCCCAAGUUGUUAUGGCUUUUGAAUACAUGCACUAUCUUGGAAUAGUUUACAGAGACUUAAAACCUGAAAAUAUUUUAAUAGACAUAGAGGGUUAUUUGAAAAUUACGGAUUUUGGUUUCUGUAAAAGAAUUAACAGUCAAAGGACCUAUACACUUUGUGGUACCCCGGAAUAUUUAGCUCCAGAGAUAAUUCUUAGUCAAGGUUAUAACCAUUCUGUGGAUUGGUGGUCUUUUGGGGUUCUAGUAUUUGAAAUGGCAGCAGGAUAUCCCCCGUUCUACGCUAAGGACCCUAUGAAGCUAUACGAGAAAAUAGUUUCAGCGAAAUACGUGUUUCCGACCAACUUCUCGAAGCCGCUGAAAAACCUGAUUACUAACAUUUUACAAGUAGAUAGGACCAAGAGAUACGGCAUUUUAAAGGCAGGAGUUAAAGACAUCAAAAGUCAUGAAUGGUUCAAAUCUGUGGAUUUUGACAAAAUUCUCGGUCGAAAAGCUAAAGCGCCUUUCAAGCCUUCAAUAAAUGGAGAAGAAGACACGAAGUUUUUCGAUAAUUACGGAGACGUGAAACUGAGGACAUCCUCAAAGUGUGAAUAUGAAGAGGAAUUUAAAAACUUUGCUAUACAAACACUGGAGGAUUCUCAAGAAUCGUGACCCAAUCGACUUAUCCAAGAAGGCAGCCCCUGCAAGAGAGUGGAACUACCUACAUCAGCACCAGAUUGUCACUCUUCCAAGGUUCAGUAAUUAAGAGAUAUUUGUUAAAAAUUUUAUUUCAUUAGAUAAAGUAUAAAGUACCUAUAGAAGUUUUUAUUGUGAAUAAAAUGUUUAUAUAUGUGCUAUUUGAAAAUGUUCGUGUAUAUUUUGAAUUGAAAACAUGUACAGACCCUUAAGUUGCCUCCAUCUCUUCUUUAUAUAAAACGAUUUAUAAGUAUUAUAAACACGUUUUGAUAUGCCACAAAAAAUCACUUUUUAUGCAGAUGGAUACAAUCCAUCCAUCCAUUCCAGGUGUAUAGACAUUUCUUAUAAUU